AUGAUAAUAUCAUCGUCACAACAUAGAUUAUUAGUGAUGAUCGGUCAGAUUGUGAUACUAUUACUAUUAUAUAGUAGAUUAACAAUACAACAACAGCAACCUAGUGACCCAUGGUUAACAGAUUCACAGAUACAGUUUGAUACCAACAUCAUGUCUGCACAAGUCGAUCUUGUAUCAUCUACAUUUCGUGUACCUCGUAGUGGUAUUAGAUCACCAUACUUUGUAAUGACCAAUGUUAGUAAUCACAUACCAUGUGAAUCAUUCUCAACGUCUUUCAAUAGACCUUCUUACAAUACUCUAAUGAAAUUUAGUUAUAAGAUACAUAACACUCAAUCAGAGUCAUUGUACAACUAUGAAGACCAAUUAGGAUGUUUUGUAGAAUCUCAAUCCUCAUCUACGUCACCCAUUCUCCCGUCUAAUUGUCUCCCAACAUCAUUUGGUGAUUGGACAACCUCAAUGAAACGAAUCGGUAGAUGUCAAGACAACGAUUCUCCAAAUAGUUCACCGUCAGUAUAUAACCCCAAUAUUAUUUUAUUUAAUUUUAAAAAAUCAAUGUUUUCAUAUCAAUCACAGAAACAAGAAAUGUUAAAGGGACGUGAUUUUAUGCAAUCGUAUCCUAUGAUUGGCUACCAAAUGAAUGGCUAUUGGAAACAAUCUGUUGACGCCUUGAAAUCCCUAUUGUCCAACGUUGCACCAUUGCUUCAACCCUAUUCCGAUGGUGGAUCUGAUAUCCGUGCUGCCUUUACAUCGGUUCCAUCCACUGCCAUCUCAUCGACCACCCAACAAUCGAUUAUCACUCAAUCCAUCGACACUCUCACCACUCGUGAUGACAUCCUUCUCCAAAUUCAAUUAUUGGUUAAUUCAUUAUCCAAUAUUUAUGAUCCUGCUCUUUCCUCUCAAACUUCUUCCUUGAUUUCAAGUAUUUUAAAUCAAAUGAGUAGAUUAAAUAAUCAAUUAGACAAUCAAUUUAAUAUUGUCUCUCAAUUUAUUACUUUAUCCAAUUUUAAUAGUAAUACUUUUAAUUCUUUAUCCAAUCCUUCUCAAUUGAUAUUAGAAAAUUAUAUUGAACAUGCAACUAGUACAUUACUUUUAAUGUCCAUUUCAAAUGAAUUUAUUCUAAUGAAUAAUGUUUUGAAUCAAUCAAUCUCUACUACUUUUUAUCAACAAUCUUUUAACAAUCAUUUAAUUGAUGUUUUUUCAAAGAUUCAAAUACAAUUAAAAGAUAUAAACGAAUUAUUUAUACAAAAGAGUGGAAUUGAUAUGAAUCAACCAAAUGAUCCAUCUUCGACAUUUGUAAAUCAGAAUCCAUUGAUUUGUCAAUAUCUUCAGGUGUCAUCGUUGACUGGUACAUUGAAUGAUUAUGUUGGUGUGAUAUCUCAACAACCUGCAGCUGCAGUGAUAUCCAAUACACUGAGCAUGUUUGGUGAUUUGUCUACAUGUCGUGACAUGUAUCAACGUCAACAAUCGGUGGCUGUAGAGUUGGUUGUUAAUAGUAACCGUCAGUUUACUUCGUCGACGGGAUACUCGAAUGCCAAUAUUGGGACGGUGGACGUAUCGAGCAAUACUUGGUUAUUGACAUCGAUGGUUGUUGGGAGAAGCAUCUACCAACCAUCAACCUUUGCAACUGCCAAUUACUUUUAUCUUGGUGGAAAACAAGAAGAACGCGCCAAUAUCCUCAUUGAUGAGGUACGUGUGCAUACCCGUGCACUAGACUGGUCGUCGCUAGGAUACAAACAGGUGGACGAUCUCAACAAACGCUCCUGUCUAGUAUCCAAGAUGGAUGUCAAGUGUGACAGUGGUAAGUGUAUGACAUGUGACACUGGUAAAGGGUUUGUUUCGGACAAAUCAGCUUGCAAGUGUGUAUGUCCAAUUGGCAAGGUCAAUGUGGGAGGCAGAUGUGUUGAUCCAUGUCCAACUGGAAUGAUUAGACGUGCGGGAUCACUCGCGUGCGGGUGUGGAGACGGUCAGUUUUUGGUGGUCGGUGCGUCCUAUGUCACUAUUGCAUCUGCGGUGAUUGGAGGGUCCGACCCAACCAACUACUAUCCAUCCAACAACCUGCGUACUGUCGGUGUGCAAGGUGUGGCGUUUUACGAUGCAAAGGGUGUAGCUGUCACACCAGUAUCGUGUACAUCGAGUAGUCAGGAUACCACCAGCUGCGCCGUUCUCUAUGAUGCGCAAUCAUCUACCUAUUGGACGAGUGCGCAGGGUGCAGGCUAUGCAUGGGUGACCUUUACCCUUCCACCCUCGAGCAACAAAAUCUCAACCAUCUCCAUCUACCCUCUUACUACUUCCCAAACCAUGAAAGAUGUAGUUGUCUAUGUCAACGGUACAUCACCAACCUCUCCCUACUUUGGUGCAGUUGUCACGAGAAUCUCAAUUCCACUUCAGUCCAACUCGAUAUCCGUCCCUAUUCCAAUCACAGAUUUCCAGUCAAUCGCGAGUGCAAGUCAAUCACCACUUACCUUUUGUCAGUCGUGUCCAACUAUCAUGACAUUCUACGAUUAUGUCGGACAACCACAAUACCUCUACUCUCCAUCAUCCAACUUGCCACGUACAUCUAUCACUCAGUGCAUGUGUAAUGGGAAUGUUGACAGUAGAACAAGUAACACGCUGAAUAAUCCUUUAUGGACAUUCUACCCACCACGAUUUGGAUGUGCACCUCCACUCCCCACACCAACUCUGAUUGCUUCAUCUGGUAGUAAUCGUCUAGGUAUCAACCAACCACUUUCACUCGUUUCCAACAUCCAAAACCAACCAUUACCAGUCAUUGAAGAACCCAUCACAAUUCGAUACACUGUCAAUGGAGAUGAUCCCACCUUGUUAUCGUCUAUCUUUCCCUCGACCAAUACCUACACAUCAUCGCAAAUUCAAACGGUAAACAUCAAGAUUCGUGCCUACCAAGGUGUCAAUCGUAUAGAGAGUGCAGUCAGCAACCAAAUGUUUUAUUUCCUCGGUACCAUAACUUGCACUUCACAACCUCUCAAUGCAACAUCCUACAAUGCAUCAGUCACUGUAUUCAUUCAAUGUGUCACUCUACCUUCGAUGGACUCUUCACCAGCCUAUUGGAUAUUUUAUACGGUUGAUAAUAGUCAACCUACCGGAUACAGUUUACGAUACAAUAACAACUAUGGUAUUACAUUGGUACCCGAUCCUAUUGUUGGUAUCAAUCAAGUCAAUAUCAGAGUAUUGGCCAAUGUUAGUGGAUUCUUUGAACAAUACCAACAAUUCCAAUACACACUCACUCCCAAACUCCCUCCCCCACAAUUCCAACCAUUUGGAUCAAAUGAUUUCUACAACCAAGUACCCAUCACCAUUACACCACCCUAUCUUGAUGAAACUGCCACUGUCCCAACAUACUAUUCCAACUAUUCUAUUUACUAUCAACUCGUUGCCAAUGGAGUCGUUCAACCACCCGCGUUAACAGAUACAACUGGAAUCAUCUAUACUCCCUCAUCCCUAAAAUACCUAACAUGUCCAAUCCCAACAUCCUCUUGUUUUAUUCGUAUUCGUUCAAUUGGUAAAAAGAAUGAUUUAAUUUCUGAUAUUGUUGAAAAAUAUUUUAAAAUAACAUUUGAUAUUGGAUAUUUAAAACCAAUCAUUGAAAAUAAUUAUUACAAAGUACAAGAUGUAAUGGAAAUCAAGAUGGAUAAAAAUACUGAUACUCAAGGAGUUGAGACUAGAUAUGUAAUGGUUUAUAAUCAAGUUUUGGAUGGUGAUAUUGAUUGUUCAGUAUCGAUGGUUGAACAAAGUGACAGUACACUUUAUUCAGGUUCAUUUAAUUUAACAUUAAAAGGAUUCUAUUACAUUUAUGCAAGAAACUUUAAGGUAUCUGGUAGUGCAAACUUUGCAGUUGGUAGUAACCAGACGUGCAAGUUGGUUGUGUAUACUGUGCCAAUCGACCCACCAAUCAUUGAUGUUGAACCUAUAAACUAUGUUAAUAAUGGUUACUUGCUCUUGGAAAUCAAACCAAACAAUAGCAAGUUUGAACACAUCCCAUCAUUCAAAUUCCAACUCAACAAUGGAAUAGCAACACCCGACAAUUCAUUUGCAAUGACACCUGUCGGACAAACAAUACUUAAUGUAACCAUGUCACCUCAGGCAAUGGUACAACAAUUUGUAUUGUCUGUCAUUGAUUGUCCACUCGACCGAUUCAUGUGUAGUGAUGCAACAACCGUCUCGUUUACACUGAUUAAAACGUGUCAACCACCAACCUACAUUCCAAUGGCCGGUAACUAUAUCUACAACGUCUCAGUUGGUACUGUGUGUACCGAUGGAUGUGUACCGAGAUACGAGUCUAAAGGAUCGUUGCCAUCAAUCAACUCGACACUCUUCCCAUCGAGUGGUAUUCUAUUGUCGAUGAAAUCGGUCGAUCUCUACCAAUCGGCCUACCAAUUCUCAACUGCUUGUUUCCACACAACCCUUGGUGCGAGUGUACCCCGUGGCGCCCGUUACACCAUCGACCGAUACCGUCGUCCCACCCCACCAAUCAUUCACCUCGUCAACGCCAACACUCUGCUCCCCAACCAAACCGUCACACUCACAUGCUCGAUUCAAUAUACCGGUGAGACUUGCUCCAUCCAUUUUAGCAUCUUUAGAUACUAUGAACCAACCGGUCAAACACUCGACUCUGCUCCCAUCCCCAUCGAACCUAUCCCAUCAACCGCCGGACAACAAGGAUAUGCCCAUCAGUAUCAAUCAGCAUUCCAUCCCUCCACCCCACAAGUAGUUGGUAAAAUUAUCAUCAAAGCAAUCUCGGUCAUUCAAACUACUCAACUUUAUGAUUUCACCUAUUCUUCUGAAGCUUCUUUUAUUGUUGAUGUUUAUACAUUUACACCAAGAGUUGAAUUAAUUCCAAGUUUAUAUUUGGAAUCAAUGUAUUAUCCAAAUGCAGAAAUAAUAUUAAUGAAAUCAAUUCUAGAUUAUGAUUUGGAUUAUAUACCAACACUUUCGUUGGGUGAUACUGAUACAAAUAAUUCAAAAAUAUCAUUUAAUAGUAAUAAUAAUAAUAAUAAUAAUAAUGGUAGUGGAAUCAUUUCAAUUUCAUCAUUUACACAAUUCCAAACACCAAUUAUAUUAUCAUCUUCAAAUUAUAAAAUCUAUUCAUUUGUAUCUGGAAAAUAUUAUAUUCCAACUAAUCAAAUAGAUUCAUGGUUUUUAACAUAUGAUUUUGAAAAGGAAAAAAGAGAAGCUGAUGAAAAAGCAAAAAAGAAAAGAUUACAAUGGUUGGCAUUACUCGUCCUACUUGCUCCAUUGGUAGUAUUGGCCUACUUUGCAACCAAACGAGGUAUAAAGAAACAUAAAAAGGCAGCAUAUGAUUCACAUGUUAGAAAGGCUCUUAAAAUGGAUACAGAUACAGUAGCAAACAGAUACAGAUACAGUAGAAAGUAG